AGCCAUAGAUAUCACGCUGGGCCAUGCUCCUCUGGCCGUUAUUUUGCGUAUGUUACGUCUGACGUCAGCGCGUCUGCUGGCCGAAUGUUUACAUCCAGCAGUGCUUCUGUUCUUCUGACUGGAUCUUCACAACAACAAAAAGGCUGAACACAAGAAAACCCGCUAAGACAGAGAAUAUCAGUCGGUAUUUUCACAAGUCAACAUGGGGGGAGCUGUAAGUGCUGGUGAGGACAAUGACGACUUGAUUGACAACCUGAAGGAGGCUUACUACAUCCGCUCAGACCUGGUGGAGCGAGCUUUCCGAGCUAUCGACCGGGCUGACUAUUACCUGGAUGAAUACCGGGACAAUGCAUACAAGGACUUGGCAUGGCGGCAUGGAAACAUCCACCUAUCUGCUCCGUGUAUCUACUCUGAGGUGAUGGAGGCUUUGGAUCUCCACCCUUGCCUCUCCUUCCUCAACCUCGGGAGUGGGACUGGCUACCUCAGCACCAUGGUCGGCCUCAUAUUGGGACCUUUUGGAGUGAAUCAUGGAAUAGAGUUACAUGCAGAUGUGAUUGAGUAUGCCUAUCAGAAGCUCGACUCCUUCAUCAAAACAAGCGACAGCUUUGACAAAUUUGAAUUCUGUGAGCCAUCCUUUGUUGUGGGUAACUGCCUGGAGAUUCCUCCAGAGAGCCGUCAGUAUGACAGGGUGUACUGCGGGGCCGGGGUGCAGAAGGAGCAUGAGGAUUACAUGAAGAACCUGCUCAAGUUGGGGGGCAUCCUGGUGAUGCCUCUUGAGGAAAAGUUGACCAAGAUCACGCGCACAGGGCUGAACAGCUGGGAGACCAAAAAGAUCAUUUCUGUGUCCUUCGCUCCUCUCGUGCUGCCUAAACACAUCACAAAUGGCAAACCCAAGGCUGUCCCACUACCCAAGUAUGAGGUACGGACGUUACAGGAGCUGGCCCGUAUCUGCAUCCGCCACACCCUCAGAGUGACCACCGACGGAGGAGACAGCCAAUCGCGCGGCCGCGGUUCCUCGUUCAGCGUAGGCAGGGGUCUGGCGGUGGCCGGCCUCCAUAAGUACGGCCCUCGCUUCAAGCGCAGACGCGUCCACCGGCGACACUGCAACGCCCUGGUCCUGGCCACGCGUCAGGUGGUGGCCAGCAGUGGCUUCGGCCCCGCUCCCCUGGACAGCAACAACAACCAGGGAGGAAGAGCGGAGGACGAGGAGGAGGAGGCGGCGGCGGGAGAGAGGGAGGCGAGGCGGCAGAUGAGAGGGAGCAGGAGGGCGGGGAGAGGAGCAGGAGGGCCAGCGGUGGUGGAGGAGGAUGAGACGGUGGAGGAAGAAGAGGAAGAGCAUGAGGAGGAAGAGGAGAAGGAGACCGGGGAGCUGCUUCGACCCCAGCCGGCCGUCAACGUCCUCAGAGAGAGGAUACUGGGCUUGCCGCUGCCCGAGCCACUGAAGAUGUACCUGCUGUACUACAGAGAGAAAUGAGCCACGGCUGUGUUCUGAGUCAGAGCUCGGAGCUGAGCGCAACGACCCAGCAGAGGCUGAAGUCUCUGUUACAACCCCUCCACCACCUGUACAAGGCAGGACUAGGACUAGGGCUGGGUACCGAAUUCAAUACUUUUUAGCCACAGACCGAAUUGCCUCUGUAGUAUCGAAAAAUGCCUCGUCCUUCAAUACCAAAUUUCAAUACCUAAGGAAUAAAUCUCAUCGGCAUCAGUGAGCCAAUAAGCACGCCGCAUGCUUCCACCAAUAUCUAGUAAUGGUGCUGAUUGGCUGUCUAACGUUACACGUCGUAUAGGCAGGCAGGAAAAACUCUGUUAC